UUGAGCACCGGACGUGUGAAGGUCACAGAGCGCGGGCCCGGGGACAGAGCGAACGAGCGAGCGGGAGCGCGGGCCCGGGGACAGAGAGAGAGAGAGCGAGCGAGCGAGCGAGAGGGAAGGAGUGCGGAGAGCGGAGCCCCCCAUCCCCGGGAUAUGGAGUCCCAGGCCAUGGCCGCGGAUCCUCAUCUACAACAAUUCAUCGAGGUGGAGAGUCAGAAACAGAAAUUCCAACAGCUGGUUCAUGGCCUCACAGAGCUCUGCUGGGAUAAGUGUAUGGAUAAACCAGGUCCCCGGCUUGACAGCAGAACAGAAACCUGCUUUGUGAACUGUGUGGAACGUUUCAUCGACACCAGCCAGUUCAUCCUCAAUCGACUGGAACAGACGCAGAAAAGUAAGAUGUCACCAGAGAGCCUAAUCGAUUGAGCGGACAGGAGAGAACUGUGGAUCGGCAACCCAAAGGAUUUGCCUCAACAUAUGGCACAGUGCAGGGCGGGCACAGUGCAGGAUGGGCACAGUGUGGGAUGCACAGCAUUGCCUACAGUUGGGGCACAGCGCCACAGGAUCUGCUAUCCUGGGGCUGCUUUUAAAAGAACCUUAACUCAGGCUAACAUGUCUUUGAUACUGAGUUUUCUGUAUGAUUGUCAUACCAUCCAGAAAUAAAGCACGGUGGCAUUUUUAACAUA